UUCAUUAAUUGUUUUUUUCAGUGCCAUGAGGAUCCUGCUGAGCAAAGUGCCUCGGGCGUGGAUGGUGGAUGAGAAGAAAGAUGAUGGCUACACUGCUCUCCAUCUGGCUGCUCUCAACAACCACGUAGAGGUUGCCGAGUUGUUAGUUCACCAGGGGCGUGCAAACAUGGAUCUUCAGAAUGUAAAUCUUCAAACACCUUUACAUCUAGCUGUUGAGAGACAUCACACACAAAUUGUGCGG